CCUCCUCAAUUUCCUCAUUUUCAAAAUUAAUUCUCUGGAGGGACCCACACCCACUGAUUUUCUUAUUUAUAUCAAACUUUCAUAGGCACAUUUCUUUGAUCAGUCCCUCUCUUUCACUCUCACACACACCCUGCAUUUAAACCCAGCCAGUAGUAUCAUACUUCUGCAUUCAACUCACCUAACUUUUUCUUCAUGGCUCUGAUAUUUCUCUUUGCUAUUUUACUCUUUAUGAUGGCGCCUUCAAGCAAUGCCUAUUGGCCACCUUCACCUGGCUACUGGCCAAGUUCAAAAUUCAGGUCUACGAGCUUUAACAAAGGUUAUAGAAACCUUUGGGGCCCUUCACACCAAAGACUAGAUCAAAAUGCAUUAACAAUUUGGCUUGACAGGACCUCAGGAAGCGGCUUCAAAUCGGUUCGCCCAUUUCGAUCCGGGUACUUUGGUGCUUCUAUUAAGCUCCAUCCUGGGUAUACUGCAGGAGUUAUAACAGCUUUUUAUCUUUCGAACAAUGAAGCGCAUCCGGGUUUCCAUGAUGAAGUGGACAUUGAGUUUCUGGGGACUACAUUUGGAAAGCCUUAUACUUUGCAAACCAAUGUUUAUAUAAGAGGGAGUGGUGAUGGGAAAAUUAUAGGCAGAGAGAUGAAGUUCCACCUCUGGUUUGAUCCUACCAGACAUUUUCAUCACUAUGCUAUUCUUUGGAGUCCUAAUGAAAUAAUAUUCCUAGUGGAUGAUGUGCCCAUAAGGAGGUACCCAAGGAAGAGUGCUGCAACAUUUCCACUGAGGCCAAUGUGGGUUUAUGGUUCCAUAUGGGAUGCAUCAUCAUGGGCAACAGAAGAUGGAAAGUACAAAGCUGAUUACAGAUACCAACCCUUUGUUGCAAGGUACACUAACUUCAAGGCUGGUGGUUGCUCAGCCUAUGCCCCUCGGUGGUGCCACCCAGUCUCAGCCUCACCCUACAAGUCUGGUGGGUUGACCAGACAGCAACACUGGGCAAUGAGAUGGGUGCAGAGACACCACAUGGUUUAUAACUAUUGCCAAGAUCCCAAAAGAGACCACAGAUUAACACCUGAGUGUUGGAGAUCAGGGAAUAACUAAAUUUAAGCAGUUAAGAAAUCUAGGCCGUUGAUUAAGAUCUGACGGCUCAAAUUUUAAACUUAUUUUCGCCUUCUCAAUGUUCUUGAAAUAUAUGAGUCAACGAAUCUUUGAUCAAACUGCUUGAAUGCAGGAUUGGCUUGAGGAAGAGAAGUGAAUCAAUAAAAUGGGGAUGGUUUGUGUCCCCAAAUACUAUGCUAGUAUGAUUUGUUUUGUUGUUACCUUUCAGAAGGUUUUUUCGUUUUUAUGGGCCCUUGAUUGACAGCAACAUUGAUGCAAUUGUAUGGAUUGAGUGUCCAAGGGUCCUCCUAGACACAAGAAAAUGGGAGCAUUGUGUGGAUAUUUUACUGCUUAUGUUAAUUUCUCUUUUGAAUUAGAACAAGGCAAAAAGAAAAAAUGUAGAGAGAGAAGAAUAAUAUCAAUGUUGAGUGAAAGGCCAGGAAAUAAUGGAUCAGAGUGAAUGAUAGCACUAUUGAGUGCGAAUAUUAAAAGCACAGUACUCUUCAAUUUUGUAAUGUUGUCAUUUUAAUGAUGAAAAUGAAUUUUCUCUUUUGAGUUAA